UUUUUCCCUUGUCACACUGGAUGUCUGGAUGCCAUCUGAAUUGGGUUUAGAGGAUGGGGAAGUAUAGAUGUUUCUUGGCCUGAGUCUCUUAACAGUAGAGAUGUAGAAGGGAGACCGAGAUCACCAAGAGACUGGCUGUUGACUGCAGAGCACCGUCACUUGCCUUGGUGGUGGCAUUCGCUGGAUUGGGGGCAGCUGAGGUAUGCUGGGAGGAAUUACUUGAAGGUGUUACAACAGUUGUUUGAUUUGAAUAAAUCUGCGUAGGUAAGAGCAGUGCCAGAAGCAGCAGCCCCAGUCCGAGCCUGGCCACCAUCGCUCUGCCCAUGUCUGCUCCGUCGGUGCGCAGCGCGUCUCACUGGAUGCUGGGUGCGUGAAGGAUCGCUGGCUCCGGGCGGGCGCAGGCAAGCCCAGUCUCCAGAGAGCAGCCACAGUGAUCUUUUUAAAAUGCAGUUUGGACUGAGAGGUCCGCGGGAGCGGCGGAGACGCCGCCUGAUGGCAUUGAAACAAAUGGGAAUUGUAAGCGACUAUGAGAAAAUCCGUACCUUUGCUGUAGCAAUAGUAGGUGUUGGUGGAGUUGGCAGUGUGACUGCUGAAAUGCUGACAAGACGUGGCAUUGGUAAGUUGCUACUCUUUGACUAUGACAAGAUGAAACUGGCCAAUAUGAAUAGACUUUUCUUCCAACCUCAUCAAGCAGGAUUAAGUAAAGUUCAAGCAGCAGAACAUACUUUGAGGAACAUUAAUCCUGAUGUUCUUUUCGAAGUACACAACUACAAUAUAACCACAGUAGAAAACUUUGAACGUUUCAUGAAUAGAAUAAGUAAUGGUGGAUUAGAAGAAGGAAAACCUGUUGACCUAAUUCUUAGCUGCGUGGACAAUUUUGAAGCUCGAGUGACAAUAAAUACAGCUUGUAAUGAGCUUGGACAAACAUGGAUGGAGUCUGGGGUCAGUGAAAAUGCAGUUUCAGGGCAUAUACAGCUCAUAAUUCCUGGAGAACCUGCUUGUUUUGCGUGUGCGCCACCGCUUGUAGUUGCUGUACAUAUUGAUGAGAAGACUCUGAAACGAGAAGGUGUUUGUGCAGCCAGUCUUCCUACCGCUAUGGGAGUGGUUGCUGGGAUCUUGGUACAAAAUGUGUUAAAGUUUCUGUUAAAUUUUGGUACUGUUAGUUUUUACCUUGGAUACAAUGCAAUGCAGGAUUUUUUCUCUACUAUGUCCAUGAAACCAAAUCCUCAGUGUGAUGACAGAAAUUGUAGGAAGCAACAGGAAGAAUAUAAGAAAAAGGUAGCAGCACUGCCCACACAGGAGGUUGUUUAAGAAGAGGAAGAGAUAAUACAUGACGACAAUGAGUGGGGUAUUGAGUUGGCAUCUGAGGUUUCAGAAGAGGAACUGAAAAAUUCUUCAGGUCCAAUUCGUGACUUACCUGAAGGAAUUACAGUGGCAUAUACAGUUCCCCAAAAGCAAGAAGAUUCUGUACCUGAAGUAACAGUGGAAGAUUCUGGUGAAAGCUUGGAAGACCUCAUGGCCAAGAUGAAGAACAUGUAAAUAAUGGACUGGCCUGUAUUUUAUUUCCUGUGUCUAAACCUGUUCCCUAGCAAUUAAAAAAAAAAUCAUUUAAAACUGAGA